AUGCGCGCCUCUAUCUUCGUCUCCGCUGUUGCUUUCGCCGUUGCAUCGGCCCAGGACUCAUCCUCCGCUCCCUCAUCCUCCAUCGACCCGGCCCCCCAGACUACCUACCUCACCCAGACCAACUCUCUCGGUGUCGUAACUGGCAUGCCCGCGGCUGACACUUCCAUCGCUACUCAGCCUGACGCUGUCACCAGCCAGCCCGCUGCUGUCACUACUCAACCAGUACCUGCUGACAUCCCUGCCGUUGGCCCUGGUGUCCACACCCUCACUCUUGCUGGAACCGGCACCGGCUCCAUGGUUAACUCCACCCGCACUGUCACCGUCAGCGCCAACAACAGCACUACCGUCGCUCUUGUUGCCUCGCCUACCAACUCUGACGCCGACGCUACUGGCUCCGGCGCAUCUCGCAGCGGUGCUGAUGCCACUGGCUCUGACGCUUCUGGUACUGCUACUGGCUCUGGCUCUGGUGCUGACGCCACCGGUGCUGCCGUCAACGUCAAGGCUGCCGCUGGUAGCCUUGUCGGUUUCGGUGCCUUCAUGGCUGCGUUCUUGUAA